GUGAGCUAUAUGUUAUAUUCUGGCAUUGUAUGUAUACUGUACUACAGGAAUAGUGUACUUUAUCAUGACACAUCUACUGUACCCCCCCCCUUGACUUUAUUGAGCUGAUGUUCUUUAAUGCCGCAGUUUGCAGCUCUCCAUGUGAAUCCAUGUUCCGUGAGUAAGACUCCAGUUCAUGUUUUCCGGGAAUCCCGGCUGAAUUCUGCCCUUUCUACGCCGCUGUUGCGCUCUUACCCAGCCGGGGCAUUUUGCUCAGAUUGCUCUCGGGGUAAAAAAAAAAACCAAACAGUUUCUGGUCGGCUUUCUUUUUGGGAACUCUACUUUGUCAUAUUGCUGAGCUUUGGUAUUGUGUGUUCGCGAUUCGCUCCACUGAAUCGCACCACCGCCGGGAUGGAUUGAUGUGAUUUUGUGGGGUUUUUUUCGCCUCGCCUCUCGGAAGUUUUCGCUUCGUCCGGCAGCUCCUUGUUUCUCGGGGCGACUUGUUUGCGGACUGCCCGGCUCGCGGAUGGUUCGGGAGGCGCGCGCGGGGUGAACUGUUUGAUUGGGGAAGUGCGCGGGGUGAGUGGGGGGUUUUACGGGGGGUCUCGGGUUUCGGAAGGGUCAGAUUUUCAGCACGGACUUCACGGUUGGACUUUUUUUUUGCCGUUCGGUUGGAAACGACACAAACAUUUCUUGCCCGAGCUGAAAAGUGAUGGCGGAGCGGGGAGCGCGCGUGCUCCUCUCUCUCCUCUGCCUCACCUCUGCGUGCUCGCUCGCGCCUGCACGCGCUCAGAAAGGCUCUGCCAAGAGGAACUUCAGUCCUUUCUGGUUCUCAGUGGAACCCUCAGAUACAUUGGCUGUAAGGGGAUCUCCUGCGCUACUCAACUGCUCCGUCAACAGUGAACUCCCUGUUAAGGUGCACUGGAAGAAAGAUGGGGUUUUGCUCAACCCGGAUGAUCGCAGGCAGGUCCUGUUCGACGGCUCGUUGCUCAUCAGCUCCGUCAUGCACUCCAAACACAACAAACCUGACGAGGGUGUUUACCAGUGCGUGGCUACCAUUGAGAACCUGGGCACGAUCAGCAGCCGUACAGCCAGACUCAAUGUAGCAGGUACACCUCGUUUCUCUGGGCAGCCCGAGGCGGCAUCUGUACAUCUCGGGGAGAAUCAGGUGCUCGGCUGUGAGGUCAAUGUGGACUUGGUGAGCUUUAUUCACUGGGAGCGUGAUAAGGAGUCUGUGUCAUUGGACAAGAGAGUUUACACAUUACCCAGUGGAGCUCUGGUCAUCAGCAAUGCUACAGAGGUGGACGCAGGUCUGUACCGGUGUGUGCUGGAAAACGCAGGGCCUACGAAAUACAGCGACGAGGCUCAGCUCCAGAUCCUGCCAGAAACAUCGGAGGUGCGCAAGCUGGAGUUCCUCAAGCAGCCAGGCCCAGUGUCCAAGGUAGUGGGGGAGAGCGUACUGCUCCCCUGUGUGGUGAGCGGAUUACCUGCAGCCUAUGUUCGCUGGAUGAAGGACGAUACAGUCAUCGAUGACAGCCUUGAUGGCCGAUUUGAGCUGCUUGGUGGGGGCAGUCUGCUGAUCUUUAACCUGACCGAAGAGGAUGGUGGGAUAUACAGCUGCCUGGCGGAUAAUGCAAACGACUCCAUUGAAGCCCGGGGAGAGCUCACGAUACAAGUUCCUCCACAGUUUCUGAAGAGACCAUCUGACACGUAUGCACACGAGGCUACGGACAUAGUUUUCGAAUGCGAAGCAACCGGAUCCCCUGCCCCCACCAUCAAAUGGGUUAAAAAUGGCGACGCCGUGGUUCCCAGUGACUACUUCCGAAUUCUGAAAGAGCAGAAUCUGCAGGUGCAAGGCCUGGUGAAAACAGAUGAGGGGUUUUAUCAGUGUCUAGCUGAGAAUGAAGUGGGCAACAUACAGGCCAGCGCUCAACUCCUCAUUCUAGAUCAAGCCACCCCCACAUGCUCACCCACACUGAUCCGUGCCACUGCUGACCGUGUAACACCAGGCUCAGAAGGCAGCUCCGGCUCCAACCCCGUCUCUGGCUCUGGUCCCAGUCCCGGUCCCGUGCCGUCUGCUCCCCGCGAUGUAGUGGCUUCGCUCGUCUCCACCCGCUUCAUCAAGCUGACCUGGCGCCUUCCACUCGAGCCACACGGUGACGACAUCACUUACUCUGUCUACUACGGCCUUGAGGGUGCCAAAAGGGAGAGGACCGUAAACACCAGCAGGCCAGGCGAAAUGCAGGUCACCAUUCAGAACCUCAAGCCAGACACCAAGUACUCCUUUCGAGUGGUGGCAUACAAUAAGCACGGCCGUGGAGAGAGCUCUGUCCCCCUGAAGGUCGCCACCCAACCAGAAGUUCAAGUACCUGGGCCUGCUCCAAACUUCCAAGCUGUGGUCCAGACAUCAUCUUCAGUCAGCCUGAGCUGGGACAAACCUCUGACUGGCAACGGUGACAUCCAGAACUACAAAGUAUACUACAUGGAGAAAAGUCUGGGCGACGAGAAGGACAUUGAGGUUAGUGGACUGUCAUACACCAUGACUGCGCUGAAGAAGUUCACAGAGUACAACUUCAGAGUCGUAGCCCACAACAAGCAUGGCCCUGGGGUUUCCACAGAUGACGUGAUGGUGCGGACUUACUCGGAUGUUCCCGGUGCAGCUCCACAGAACCUGACCGUGGAGGUGUUAAACUCAAAGAGCAUCAUGGUGCGAUGGCAACCCCCUCCAGCUGAUGCUCAGAACGGAGAGAUAAUCGACUACAAGAUUCGCUACAAGAAGGGCACAAGAAAGAGUGAACCUUUGGAGAUCACCACAGGAAACCAGCUCAGCAAGCUCAUAGACGGGUUGCAGCGUGGCACAGAAUACUCAGUACGUGUGUCAGCCAUAACUGUAAAUGGCUCGGGCCCUGCGACAGACUGGGCCACUGCUGAGACCUUCGAGAGCGAUUUGGAUGAGUCCCGGGUUCCCGAUGUGCCUGGUUCCUUACAUGUCCGGCCACUGGUGAACAGCAUCGUGGUGAGCUGGUCCCCUCCAGAGAACCAGGACAUUGUGGUUAGAGGUUACAUCAUCGGCUAUGGAAUCGGAAACCCUCAUAGCCAAAUGAUUAAAGUCGAUUACAAACAAAGAUAUUACAACAUUGAGAACCUUGAUCCUAGCUCUAUCUACGUGAUCACACUGAAGGCUUACAACAACGUGGGUGAGGGCAUCCCGGUGUACGAGAGUGCCCUCACACGACCCCAGACAGACCCCAUAGACCCUGAUGUUGAUUUGUACGAACUUUUCCAUCCUCCAUACACUCCAGUACCAGACCCCAUUCCCAUGAUGCCUCCUGUGGGCGUUCAAGCUUCGGUUUUGAGCCACGACACCAUUAAAGUCACAUGGGCUGACAACUCGCUGGCCAAGAAUCAGAAAAUCACAGACGCACGAUACUACACAGUGCGCUGGAAGACCAACAUACCAGCAAAUACCAAGUUUAAGACGGCCAACACUACUAACCUGAAUCACGUGGUGACUGGUCUGAAGCCGAACACUCUGUACGAGUUCUCUGUCAUGGUCACUAAAGGCAGGAAAUCUAGCACAUGGAGUAUGACAGCUCAUGGGACAACGUUAGAAGCGACGCCCAGUUCUGCUCCAAAAGACGUGACUGUGGUUAGUAAGGAGGGUCGCCCACGCACCAUCAUUGUCAACUGGCAGCCUCCUUCCGAAGCAAAUGGCAAAAUUACAGGCUACAUUAUAUACUAUAGCACUGACGUCAAUGCUGAGGUACAUGACUGGGUGAUUGAGCCAGUGGUGGGGAACCGACUCACCCAUCAGAUUCAGGAGCUGACUCUUGACACAACAUACUACUUUAAAAUCCAGGCUCGCAACUCCAAGGGCAUGGGGCCCAUGUCAGACGCAGUCCAGUUCCGCACUCUUAAAGCUGAAUCGUCUGACAAAAUGGCUAAUGACCAAGCUUCUGGAAUACCGGGAAAACCUGGUGGAAAAGCUGCUACACUAGACCCUGGUAUUGGGAAAUCAGGGAUGCCUGGCAGCGAGAACCACAUCCUGGUGAUUGUCAUCAUUGUGUCCGUGGGAGGUUUCAUCAUCAUUGUGUUAGUUGUGGGAGCCCUACUGUGCUCUCGUCGCUCCACAUCCCAGCAGAAAAAGAAACGGGCAGCCUGCAAGUCCAACAAUGGCUCGCACAAGUAUAAAGGCAACUCUAAAGACCUCAAGCCACCUGAUCUUUGGAUCCACCAUGAGCGCUUAGAACUCAAACCCAUCGAUAAGUCACCUGAGCCCAAUCCGGUCAUGACGGACACACCAAUUCCACGUUCCUCUCAAGACAUCACUCCUGUAGAUGGCACCAUGGACCAGAUUCUCCAAAGACGGAAUUCAUACCGUGGCCAUGAGUCAGAGGACAGCAUGUCUACACUGGCAGGUCGGCGUGGAAUGAGGCCUAAAAUGAUGAUGCCCUUUGAUGCUCAGCCCCCUCAGCCCGUGAUUAGUGCUCACCCCAUCCAUUCGCUUGAUAACCAUCACCACCAUUAUCACCUUGGCAGCCUGGCCUCCCCGAACCACAACUAUCUGCAACACUCAAGCAGCCCGCGGGCCCUCACCUCUUCCAUCUCAUAUCUAGACAGGGCCGAGUCACCAGAGUCAGUGAGAAACACUCCCACUACAGACCUACUGCCUGCUUCAGCCCAGCUCUCCUGCUCCAUCGAUCACUCAGAGACCGACAUCAGCUAUCACAGCUCGGCUGCCGAGGAUGAGCCCAACUACAACCCUCCAACUGCACACGUGCGCCCCUCACACCCUCUCAAGAGCUUCGCUGUGCCCUCCGUGCCUGCCCAUGGCGCCGCCUACGAGGGAGUUGCUCUGCCCAGCACACCCCUGCUCUCUCAGACGGGUCCUCACUCGGUCAAGACUGCCUCCAUCGGGACGCUGAGUAGGACAAGGACCCCAAUGCCAGUAAUCGUGCCGAACGCCCCAGACAUACAAGACAGCAGAAUGCUGGAGGAAUGCGAGAGCAAAUACGAGAAGGACGAGCUGUCGGAGGAGAUGGCCCACCUGGAGGGCUUAAUGAAGGACCUCAACGCCAUCACGACGGCCUGAGCACAAUCCAGACACCCUAGCAAACACACACACACUAUACAUACACACACACACACACACACACACACACACACACACACACACACACACACACACACACACCACACAUACACACACAUCCACAAUCCGCCACGGCAUGGACAGAGUUCUCAGUCCUCUACAGAACCGAAUGAGAGAAAAUGAACAUUUGGCUUGCCUUGCUAACUCUCAGGAAGGAAACGGCCAUCGGUUAAAGGAGUGGGGAAAAAAACAAUUUGGGUACUAAUUCCGUCUGGAAUGUUGUACUUUUUUUGCGCUUCGGAGACAAUGUUUGUUACCUUACGAAUUAAAAAAGAAAAAGGAAAAAAAAAAAAAAAAAGGAAGAUUACAGUAUGCUGGUGUUCGUGCUGGUGCUAAUGGCACAAUUUACAGUGUUUCAUUUGUGCGUUUUUUGUAUCUCUCGACCUCUUUAUCUAUAUAUUUUCCACAGGUUCCAGUGAGGUGAACAUUGGACACUCUACCUUUUUAUUUUCAUGUCAUUUGUUUUGUAUUAUGCAUUUUGAUUUAGCGACAUCGUUCCUUUUUGUACGUCAUCUAUUGUGCCAUGUCGUUAUUUUGUAUGGUUUUUUUUGUAUUCUUUUAUAUACAUAUACGCUUAUAGAUAUGUAUAUAAGGUCUAAACUGCCUCAUACGUCUUUUCAAAAUAGGUUUUUUUUUUUUUUUUUUUUUUUUGUUUUUGAGGAGAGUACGUCAGCCUUACUCCUGACAGGAGCACCGAGACCUGAUGCUCUGGGUUCUUUAUUUUUAGAUUUUUUGAAGGUUGGAUGGCGUGAUGCUGAUGAUUUGUCCUCGGUACGCAAAGAUUAUUUUCUCAGAAAGGGAGCUCCUUUAAGAAUAUUGCCUUACACUUCUGUCUGCACGGACACUCAUCCUUCAAGGAGGGAAGCAAAAAAAAAAUCCACUGCUUGUGUGUCACCUCUGCCACUGUGAUAUACAGACUUGCUCUUGUACUGAGCUGCGAGAUCAUGGGUGCGCUGGCUGCUAGACUACAGCUUACAUUCUGUUUACUGUCGGUGCUCUUCAGGUUUUUUUCCCUUCAUUUGUUAGCGUUCACUUGUAUUCAUACAAACGGAAACCUGGAAACUGAUGCUAUACAGGAAAAUGCAGUACACACGUUUCUCACAUGCUCUUUAGACACAUACUUUAGGAUGUCAAGUGCAAAACCUUCUGAACAGGACUCCCAGUCAUCGGUUUUCUUCUGCCCAUUUAUUUUUUUUGUCCCCUUAGUUCCUCUCAUGUAGCCAUUUUAUAUGAAGUAUUUCAAUGUGAAUAAAAAAUGAUAAAUGCGGCAGUCUGGGAAAACCUGUUAGCAGUGGCCAUGGUGGAAUUCGAGCAAAGAAAAAUGGAAAUUUGAUUUUAUUACGCCUAAAAUAUAUGUUGAUCUGUCAGUUUUAAACAUUUAUUUAAAAAAAAAAAGAACGAAAUUAGAAAUUUUAUUUACUUUUACAAAGAUCAGGUAGUUUUUCUAAAGAGGGCUAAAAACUUGUUAGCUACAUUUGAGGUCCUAAGUUUGCAAACGCCUUGCAAAAAUGAUUUUAAUCCAUGCGGUAUUGCCCUUCAGAAGAACAUAUAAUGUUUACAUGUUUUAGAGAUGACACAAUAAUAAAAGUUUGCAAUUAAACAAGUUAUUCUCUUCAGAAUUUCUAUUCGAUUCUAGUUUUUAUCAUGUCAUCAUUACACUGAGAAUGAGUGAAUGUUUGUGGCUUUUGUAAUAGUUGUGUAUGAGUUCUUCAAAUGUCCAGUGUGGAAAAAAUGAGUCUGUAGAUGUAUAGGUGCUGUUGGAAAGGUGAUCAAUUAUGCAGAAGAUGCUGGAAAACCAAAUAAUGUGCAAUUCCUAAAGACUUUUUUUUUCAUAGAACAACGAGCAAUUGAACUGCUUGGAGUUGUGUACAUUUCAUUAUUUGCGGCAAACAAAAUGCAAUUUUGAUCAUUUCUUUUUUAAAUGAACAUUUUGCAAAUACUGCUCGGCGUAUUGAAACUUGUAACCUCAGAUGUCAUAUUUUCUCACUCAAUAAUGAUUUGACACUAAUCAGAACAGUCAGGAAUUCGGCACCGCAUAUCAAAAUACUGUAUGUUGAAUGCUCUUUGCGCUGUAGUCGUGAGAAAAUCUUUAAAUGCAAUUUUUGCUUUGUCUUUUAGUACUAUACAGUAAAUAUAUCUCAAAUAUAUCAAAAUGUCACCAUGUGAAGGGUCUUCCCAGGCUGCUGACACAAAUGUUCUCCUGCUGGAAAUCAUUUCCCUUUUGCCUUCUACCCAAAGAACAGCAUCACUGCAGUCGUAGCAUUCGCUCGACUUUGAUUACGAUUGCAUCAUAUUGAACAUCCCCUAAAUGUCAGUAUGACCGUAAGGAAUCUCCAGAUUACAGGAACACGUUCAACGAGAUUACUUAUUUGGGAUUUAAAAAAAAAAAUUGUCAAGACAGUAAACCUUUUUUGCACUUUUUCAACAGGUUCAGAAAAAAAAACAUUUCUUACAUAUCCUGUGUUUUCAAUAUAAAGCUAUAUUUGUGUAAUGUAGUGUCAUAGCUUAGCAGUAGGCAGCUCGUCUUGUUCAAUUUGUUUUUUUCUUUUGUUUUUUUUUGUUGCCUCUGACAUUUUUGAGCAACAGGUUUUACUGUGUUCCACAUGAGGAAUUUUAUUGUUGCUUAUUUCUGUAAAAAAAUCUUUUUGCUGUCUGUAGAAUAAUCUGUGGCUUUUUAAAAAACAAAAAAAAAGCAAACAAGUUCCAAAAUACAA